AACAGGAUUAUCGGUGUUGGCAUAUUGGCAUGCUGUUCUCUAUAUGUCCAAUUAACAUGUAUGUUUUCUCUCUUUUCUGUUUGGAUUCAGAACUACCUUAAGCGCUUCGGUUACAUGGAGAUUCAGGACAAGAGUGGACGUCAGGCAUCUAUGUCAAGUUCCAAAACUCUGAAAAGACUGCAGAGCCAGCUGGGUCUGGAGGAGACUGGUAUGCUGGAUGAAGCCACCAUCAGUGCCAUGAAGCAGCCGCGCUGUGGUGUGCCAGACGUCCGUAACUACCAGACCUUUGCAGGAGACCUGAAGUGGGAUCACCAUGACAUCACAUACAGGAUCUUGAACUACUCACCAGACAUGGAAGCCUCCCUCAUCGAUGACGCCUUUGCCAGAGCCUUCAAGGUGUGGAGUGACGUCACGCCUCUUACCUUCACCCGUCUCUACGAUGGCACCGCUGACAUCAUGAUCUCAUUUGGCAAAAAAGAUCAUGGAGAUCCCUACCCAUUUGAUGGGAAAGAUGGCCUGCUGGCUCAUGCCUAUCCUCCAGGUGAGGGGAUGCAGGGGGAUGCCCACUUUGACGAUGAUGAACACUGGACCCUUGGUGCUGGACCAGUGGUCAAGACCCGUUAUGGCAAUGCAGAUGGAGCCAUGUGUCAAUUUCCCUUCAGGUUUGAAGGGAAGUCGUAUUCCACCUGCACCACUGAGGGACGUUCUGAUGGCCUUCCAUGGUGUUCCACCACUGCCAAUUUUGACAAAGACAAGAAAUAUGGGUUCUGUCCAAGCGAGCUUCUGUACACAUAUGGAGGAAAUGGUGACGAUGCAGAAUGUGUCUUCCCGUUCAAGUUUCAAGGAGAAACAUACAACAGCUGCACCACUGAAGGACGUGAUGAUGGGUACCGCUGGUGUGCUACCACAUCCGACUUUGACAAAGACAAAAAGUUUGGGUUCUGUCCUAACCGAGAUACUGCUGUGAUUGGUGGAAAUGCUGAGGGUGAGCCAUGUCAGUUUCCUUUCACCUUCCUGGGAAAGACCUACACUUCUUGCACGAGCGAAGGCCGUGGCGAUGGAAAACUGUGGUGUGCGACAACCAGCAGCUAUGAAAAGGACAAAAAAUGGGGAUUUUGCCCAGAUAAAGGAUACAGUCUGUUUCUGGUGGCAGCUCAUGAGUUCGGACAUGCUCUUGGUCUGGAUCAUUCCAACAUUCAGGAUGCCUUGAUGUUCCCCAUGUACAAAUACGUAGCAGACUUCUCUCUGCAUCAGGAUGACAUCGAGGGCAUCCAGUAUCUCUAUGGACCCAAAACAGGCCCAGACCCCACUCCCCCUAAGCCAAAAACCACUACAUCAUCUCCAGUUUCCAGUCCCACACCUAGUGAAGAAACUCCAGAGCCCACAACACCCACAACUUCAACCACAACUACACCUGUUGAUCCCUCAGUAGAUGCUUGCAAGGAGGAAAAAUUUGACACGAUCACUGAAAUCCAGGGAGAGCUCCAUUUUUUCAAAGAUGGGUACUACUGGAAGGUAUCCAGUGGUAAAGCAGGACGCACAGGCCCUUUUCUGAUCUCCGAGAGAUGGCCUGGCCUGCCAGCUAAGUUCAACACAGCUUUUGAGGACCCUCUCACAAACGCAGUGUACUUCUUCUCAGACACCAAAUUUUGGAUUUUCACUGGAAAGCACGUACUGGGACCACGCAGCACUGAGAAACUCGGCUUGCCAGCCAAUUUGAAGGUUGAGGGAGCGGUGCAGAGAGGAAAAGCCAAGGUGCUCCUGUUCAGUGGCGAGAACUACUGGAGACUGGACCUGAAGACUCAGCAGAUAGAUAAAGGAUACCCUCGCUACACUGAUGUGUACUUCGGUGGGGUCCCAGCUGACGCCCAUGAUGUGUUCCUCUACAAGGGACACUACUACUUUUGCCGAGAAAGGUACUACUGGAGAAUGAACAGCAAACGACAGGUUAACAGAGUUGGAUAUGUGCAUGAACUUCUGAAGUGUCCCAACUACUCUGAGAUGGAUUCUGGAGAAAUGGAGGUGGAGAGCAGCAGUGAUGUGGGACAAUCAGGGAUGGAGGAGCCAUCUGAGAGCGGCAUGGCCAUGGAGUCUUCAGAAGCCAUGUCUGCAGACAGCAGUGAUGCGGCCACUCUGCCAGGCCUUGCACCAGAGUCUGACUGCCAUGUUGGACAGAGCUCUGAGGGCUUUGUGGUCUUCAUUCCGGAAACAAGCUCCAGUACAGACGUGCGCCGUGUCCAUCUGCCAGACUCCUCUUCUGUUGCCCAGUCCACUAGCGUAUCCAGCGUGUCUACGGUCACCCAGUCAGUGCUGGUGUCGGAGUCAGCGCACUCCAGCGCUGUAUCUGAGGGAGGAAUGAUGGUGUCUGACUCGACAGCCUCCACCUCUUCAGACCUGGGCUCAGCCAUCGACAAGAUAAUCGAGUCCACCAUUGGGCCUGAUAUAAUGAAUGGUUGUAUUGCAGUUACAAGUGCUGAAGAUAACAAUGCAGAGGCGACACAGUAUCUGAUUCUGCAAGGGCCAGAUGAUGGAGCUCCUAUGGUGGCUCAGAUGUCUUCCUCCGCCCUGUGCAGCCGCCUAGGCAUUGACACCAUUGCUGAUGGGCCGACUUCUACCUGCUUGGACCAAGCUGACCUGUCAGACCAACCUGGACACUCGGGCUAUGGCGAGCAUGAGGAAGGCAGCAGCAGCAGUAGUAGCAGCAGCAGCAGCCAUAGCCAGCCCAUUCCUGAUCAGACAGGUGAUCUGGGUCAAUCCCAGUUUGAGGACUAUGGAAUGGAUGAAUCAGACGAGUCUUUGAGAGGCUAUGUGGCUGAGUGCAGUGGUGCAGUGGAAUGCAGUGACGGCAGCGUGGACGAUGGCAUGGUGCGCCAUUCUUUGGCAGACACAGCUGGCUCGCAGCUCCCAGAUCAGAUGGAGUGCAACGAAAGCCAAGCCGGACCAUACAUCAGCAGCAGUGGUACUUACUCCUCCCACACUGAACCUGAAUCAGCGGGCAACGAGGAUAAUGGAGGAAAGGACGACGGAGCCGUGGCUGAGUCUGGAGUGGCUGCAGGGCCUGGGGACCGAGUACCAGACCUGACUGAAUUUGAAGAGUUGAUGGAGGUGGUCAUAGUGCAACAGUUCAAGUGUAAGAUGUGCCCGUAUAAGAGUGUGUCCAAGGACACACUUAUUAAUCACAUGAGAGAGCGGCAUUUCAGACCUCUAGGUGACCCUACUAAAAAGCGCAGAGGAAGACCAAGAAAAUCUGAAAUGCAGGCUCGCCAGGCAGCGGAGCAAGAGAAAGAAGAGCAGCCAGAGGAGGAGGAUGACAUAAUUGAUGCAGGUGCCAUCGAUGAUCCUAAAGUGGACAGUGACUAUAACCCAGCAGACGAACACCUGAGGGUCACAUCACCUUCACAUCAGCUAGCUCCUCGUUCCUGCCCAUCCUCUUCUACCUCUGGUUUACGGAAACGACCUCGGAGGGUUAUCCGGCCACCUCGCAAGUUUAUUUUUACUCAAAGUUCCCCAGAAACUGCAAAAGUGACUGAAGCAGGCAGUGAAACAGACUCACAGGCUCCUGAAGAGGCCACUUCCUCUGGGCUAGAUAAUGAAACCACUCCAUUAUCUAAUGGCUGUGAUGUGGAACAAGGUGUCAGCCAGUCAGAUUCAGAGAACAAGGACCCCUCAUCAAACAUGGAUCCAGAUGAUGAGGAAUUUAUUCCAAGAAAAAGAGGGCGACCAUCCAAGCGCUUAAUACGCAAAAAAUAUAAAAAGUACAUCAACCGAAACAAAUACCUCAAAUCCUUCAAGCCUCUGCUAAGACCUCAUAAUUGCUGGAUUUGUGGAUCACGCUUUCUAUCACAAGAAGAUCUCCAGUUCCAUGUGGAUUCACAUGAGGGCAACGAUCCAGAACAUUUCAAGUGCCUGCAAUGCAGUUAUCGCUGCAAACGCUGGUCUUCCCUCAAGGAGCAUAUGUUUAACCACCAGGGUAACAAACCAUUUAAGUGUGAAGUCUGUGACUAUUCAAGUGUCUACAAGAAGGAUGUGAUCCGACAUUCUGCUGUUCACAACAAAGAGAGGAGGAGGAAGACGGAAGUGACCCCAAAGGUUUCUGAGUUCCCAUGUCCGAUCUGCCACCGAGUUUACCCCAUGCAGAAACGCCUCACCCAGCACAUGAAGACACACAGCUCAGAGAAACCACACAUGUGUGAUAAGUGUGGGAAGUCCUUCAAGAAGCGCUACACUUUCAAAAUGCAUCUCCUUACUCACAUCCAAAACUGUGGAAACAGCCUGUUUAAGUGCGAGUUCUGUGACCUCACAUGCAGCGAUAAGAAGCAACUACUAAACCACCAACUCACCCACACUAAUGACAAACCUUUCAGAUGUGAUUACUGCAAGUAUUCCACCAGCAAAGAGGAUUUUCUACUGUCCCACAUUGCUAUCAAACACACGGGUGAAAAACCUUUUUCUUGUGAAAUGUGCCACUUCAUGACCAGGCACAGGAAGAACAUUCGGCAGCACAUGCAGUGCCGUCACCCGGAAGCCUUCGAGCUGUGGUGUGACACUCACCCAGAGGAGCCGAUAAAGAAGCGCAGAAAGCCUUUCUUCACCCUGCAGCAGAUCGAGGAACUCAAACAACAUCAUGAGAACCAGAUACUGCAGGGCACCAUUGUUUCGGUGGAUCCUUUAACCCUUCAAAACUUGGAACCCAUUGUCAAUGCUUCUGUGUCCCAUGAUGCACUGGAAAACUCCACCAUCAUUUAUAAGCAAGUAGGCCAGUCAGCUGACCUGUCUGCCCAUAAUGCACUUGAUCUGCUCCUGAACAUGAGCAAUGCUCGAGAGUUGGUGGAAAAUUCACUCCAGGUAACUGUUCUGAAAUCAGACGAGAAAACGCUAGACGGCUCAUGGGCUGCAGUAGAAACGGAGGGUCAGGACUUGUCCUCACAACCACAGAAGAUUGUGACCUUUCACGUGUCAGAGAACGGGGAGACUCUCGUGCAGGAGGCGUUGGCCCAGGUGGAGGCAGCAGAGGGAGACCAGGAGUUCACACAGAUUGCUAUCAGCACUUAUGAUGCUGCUGAAGAGUUUAGUGUGGUGGAACAGACUGCAGAGGAGAUUCACAGUACUGCCACUGCUUAUAGUGUAGAGGAAAGCUCAUCUGAUCCUCAAGCUGUGGAGGUCAAUGGUGAACCUAUGUCUGUGUCCACCCCACUAAAAGAAAACAAAGACAAGUUCUACCUCAGCUCCAGUUUGGCUGAUGGGAUGAUACAGCAGGUGGAGCUGAGCAGUGAGAUCCCAGGCUCUCCCUCUCAGAGUUCAUCCACCCAGCAACAGCACCUCAACCUUAAACGCUUCUGCUGCCGCAUCUGCAUGGCGACGUUCAGCGGGCGCUCUGAUAUGGAGAACCACAAGAGGGCACAUCUGGACCCCAACAUGUUUAAAUGCCCGGACUGUGACUUCACGUCUAACUCCUGGCCAGAUGUAAAGGCUCACAUGACCAAGCACGCUGACCUGCGGCCGCACAAAUGCUCCCACUGCAGCUUUGCUUCCAAAAACAAGAAAGACCUGCGACGGCAUUUGAUGACGCACACCAACGAGAAGCCUUUCUCGUGUGAAGUGUGUGGACAGAGGUUUAACCGGAAUGGCCAUCUGAAGUUCCAUAUGGAGAGGCUGCACACACAGGACCCUCCUCCUCGCAAGCCUCGCUCUAGCAGCUCCCAUCAGACCAUCAUCGUGAACAGUGAUGAAGAGGCAUUGGCUACAAUGCAGACCAUGCAGGAAGGUCAGACUGUAAUUAGUCCAGAGCAUCUGCAGCAGGCUUUGGGUCAGGAGCACAUCAUAGUGACCCAGGAGCCAUCUCUCUCUGACCAGGAGGAGGCCACGUACAUACAGCAAAUCACUACAGUUGAUGGAGAGACAGUGCAGCAUUUGAUGACAGCGGAUAACCAGGUGACAGAGGUCCAAUACAUUAUUUCACAAGAUGGCGUCCCGCACUUGAUCCCACAGGAAUACGUACUGGUAUCCGAUGGCAACCACAUACAGAUGGAGGAGGGUCAGAUUGCUCAGAUCCAGUAUGAACAUGAUGGAACGUUUUUACAGGAACAGCAGAUUGCUCUGACUCACGAUGGACAAAUCCAGUACUUCCCCAUCGGCACCGAGCAGCAGAUAGUGAGCCAUGAGGAUCUUGAUGCUGCCGCCCACUCUGGUGUCACUGCUGUUGCUGAUGCUGCCAUGGUACAAGCCCAGACGGUCUACACCACUGAGGCCACACCCGAACAGCUGGAGCAGAUGCGGCAGCAAGGCAUCGAGUACGAUGUCAUCACUUUUACUGAGGAAUGGACUAGACUAAACUCAGUAGUGGUGCUUCCAAAAUCCACAGUUUCAUCCAUUACUGCAGAGCACCAUGUCUUUAAAAACCACCAAGAGGAAACCAGUAAUAGUUGGAACCUGAGUGUCAUACUGGGUGCCGUGUUUGGUGCUGUUGUGAUCAUUCUUACAGUCUUAAUAACACUGGCCGUGGUCUACCACAAAAAGAAAGCAAAAGAUCAAAGUGGAAGAAGCAUCAGCAGCUCACCCAGUGUCACACAACAGCCCCCGCAAGAGCUCAUCUACACCACAGUCCAUUUCAAGCCCAAUGAAAAAGAAUCACAGUUAUACGCCAACCUGAAGAUCUGCAGCCCAAAACCCAAUUCAGCUAGUACAAUGAAGACAAACGAGGGUGUGGAGUACUCUACUAUAGGUGCAAAUUUAUGAUCAUCAAUUUUUCUUUCUCCUAAUAUCAUGCAGAAUGUGGAAAGGCUGUAAAAUCCCCUGUGAUGGACUGAAGAUUUGUCCAGUAUGUAUUCUGUCUUAAACCCAGUGUUUUGCGUGGUGACCCCAGUCAGGGUGAAUCUGUUACUUGGGAUGAAUAAAGGAAUG